CGCUCGACGCGCUCGACUGGUGUGUACGUAGCUGGCAGCACCGUAGCCAACGCAACUGUAAACAAACUCAGCCUUUGCCACGGAUUUGAAAAUUCGCGCGUGUGACCAAAUACUGUUGCCUCGGUGCCACUCCUCCAUAGCCAUUGUGUUGUUUGUGAGAGAGCAAGAGAUGCCGAGUUGAUCAUGAGACGCUGCCUCAGUGGAGACGCUUGCCGCUCGCAUCACUCGACGACCCAAGCGUUCGCUUGAACACUCGACCGAAAUCUCGAGAUCGAUCAUGAGGUGGAGCCGACAACACCGCGGGCUACUUGUGCUGCUGCAACUGGCGUCGCUGCUGCACGCGACGAGGGCCGACUUCCGCAGCAUCUCUUAUGCCGACUUGGUGGACAAGCAAGAGUUCCAGCAGGAAGGGGUCUCGGCGUACUCGCAGUUGCUGUUCGACGUCGCCAGACAGCAAGUCGUCGUGGGCGCACGGGACAAUUUAUACCGAUUGACGUUGACCUCGUUGACGCCGCUGGAGCACGCGUCAUGGCCGGCAGCCAAGAGCAUGAUCGACACCUGCUACACGAAAGGCCAAAGCGCCGACGACUGCCGUAACUACGUGAAGGUGCUGCUCAGCAACGGCAAGAGCCUGUUUACCUGCGGCACCAAUGCCUUCAAUCCCAAAUGCACCUGGCGAGAGAUCGACAACAUCAAUACCGUGACGAGCAACUUGACCGGAAUAGCGAUGUGCCCGUACUCGCCUCACUCCAACGUCACGGCCCUUUUGGCAAGAGCGCCGUCCGGAGGCCUUUUUACUGGUACUCCAACCGACUUUUCCGGCACUGACACCGCUAUCUACCGCACGCUCGUCUCGCCAAACUUGCGCACCAGACAGUAUGACUCCAAUUGGUUAAACGACCCUCAGUUUGUUGGGAGCUUCGAGACCGAGAACUACGUGUACUUUCUUUUCAGAGAGUCCGCUGUAGAGUACAUCAACUGCGGCAAGCGGAUUUACUCGAGAAUAGCGCGAGUCUGCAAAUACGACCCAGGCGGCAGUCCGCUGAUUAUGAAAGACACGUGGACAACGUUCAGUAAAGCUCGAAUGAAUUGCUCGCUGCCCGGCGAAUUCCCCUUCUACUACGACGAAAUCCAGGGUGCAGCUUAUCAGCCUGAGGAGGGUCUUGUUUACGCCACUUUUACGACGCCGAGCAACGCGAUAGCAGGCUCAGCGAUUUGCGCGUUCAACAUGUCAGCGAUUGCCGCGGCGUUCGAGGGUCCGUUCAAGCACCAAGAGAACUCCGGCGCCGCUUGGGAGCGUAAACUUGUCGGCUACAGUCGGCAGAAUUGUGGCCCGGGCGUGAGUAGCGGCACGACCUCGCGGUCUCAUCUUACGGACAACCAGCGCUACCAGCUGAUGGACGAGGCGGUGCAAAGUACUACUCCCAAGCCACUGCACACUGCCACGCUGGAGAGAUUCACGCAUAUAGCGGUGGACGUGACGCCAACGAAGAUACACAAGGGCGUAGCGGUGCUUUACGUGGCGACGAUCGAAGGUCUGAUCAAGAAGAUAUCAGUGCUACCACGUACGAUGGACACCUGCAUAAUCGAGAUCUGGGGGCCGCUUCCCUCGGCAGCGCUAACUCUGCAGUAUCUGAAGGAGACCAAGAGUCUUUACGUCGGAAUGCAAAGUGCCUUGUUGAGAAUACCAACGGUGCAGUGCCACCGACACAGGGACGCGCAAUCGUGUCUGAACGCUCAGGAGCCGUAUUGCGGCUGGGACGAGCACUUGAUGAAGUGUACCCCGGCGCCAGUGCAAUCGCCAGGCGGCUACCUGGCGACGCACUGGCAGCAAGACGCCACCAGGUGUCCCGUUCUCACUGACCCCGUGAAUGGCGGCUGGAGCGCCUGGAGCGCCUGGCAUACCUGCCAACACGAUCUCUCAGCCACUGAACAGGCCAAUUCCAGGUCGUCUGACGGCGAGAGCUCGGACAGCUGCCAGUGCCAGACGCGCGAGUGCAACAACCCGCUGCCGCAGAACGGCGGCAUCGGCUGCAGCGGUAGCCGCGUGCGCGUGGCGAACUGCACGGUGCACGGCGGCUGGACCGCCUGGUCCGCCUGGUCCGCCUGCGGACAGACCUGUGGCAUGGCCAUGAAGACCCGCAGGCGCACUUGCACCAAUCCCGCGCCCCAGCACGGUGGCCGCGUCUGUAUUGGCAGCGACCACGAGGAUAUUAUCUGCAUGGGUGUGCCACCCUGUCCGAGUCCUAGCAGUAGUGCAACUGCCGUGGGCCCGCAAAAGGGCAGCUGGACCAAUUGGGGACCUUGGAAUUCGUGCUCCAGACAAUGCGGUGGAGGCUUCAAGAUAAGAAGGAGAAUCUGUGAAAGUCAAUCUCGCAAGGAUGGUAGCGUGGAAUGCUCUGGAUACAGCUACCAGGUCGAGGAGUGCAAUAACCAACCGUGCCAAGAGACGAAGAAGUACUUCACGUCGCCUUGGCUGGCAGUGGGUAACGCAACGACAUCGGGUGUACGGACCGAGCGACGCUAUCGAUUCGUCUGUCGUGCCCAGACGGACGAGCCGUCGGCCGUGAAAGUGCAAGCCAAGGAGGAGGAGCGCCAUUGUCGCGGCGACUCCUGCAGCAAGCGCAAUAAUUUCAACGGGGCCGCGGCCAUAAUCAACCUCGACAGCAACGUCGAGGCCGGUUGGGCUGACUGGUCGGCUUGGUCGCUCUGCAGUCGAUCUUGCGGGGGCGGCACUCAGUACAAGAUUAGACUGUGCGAGUCGGGCUCGUGCGAGGGCCAAGCCACGGAGACUCGGUCCUGCAACACCAAGCCUUGCCAGGCGUUGAGCUUCCAGCACGGCGAGUUCGAGCCGGAGGGCCAGUGGUCAUGCUGGAGCGACUGGUCCGAGUGCUCGGCCAGCUGCGGCUUCGGCGUGCGCAGCCGCAGCCGCGAGUGCCUCGGUUCGGCGAAUUGCGAGGGUCCGAGUCGUGCGCGCGAGUCCUGCGAGAUGCCGAGCUGCGAGUGGUAUCGCGGCUGGGACGCGUGGUCCUCCUGGAGUCGUUGCGAUGACUCGAGCAUGCAGUAUCGCAAACGAAAAUGCCUCUUCGCCGAUCCAGCCGACGACGAGUGCCUCGGACCUAGUAAGCAGACUAGGUGGUGCAUCAACGACAUUCUCGACAAUGACGUGAAUGCACUGCCGUCGAGGAUAGAGGUAGCCGGUGUAUCGGUGGGUGCGGUCGUAGGAAGCUGUCUGGUCGGCUUCCUUAUCGGCCUCUCUCUCACCGCAUUCAUAUGUUUCUACUACUUGAAACGACAAAAGCCGCGUGUGCCCAGCAGCCCGCAUUACAUUAGCAAGCAAAAUCCAUACGUCUCUGUGCCACUAAAAGAGGUAAACAAUAAGACAACGGCAGCGAAGCGCCAGCCGAGCUUUUCCGGCAGCAUAAACGGCACGCUACGCUCGCACAAGAAUAAUUCGAUAAUCGCCAGCCCGAAGCUCUAUCCCAAGGCCCUCGAGUCAGCCUACGAGUCGGCAACGCUCAAACGCAACAGCAGAGAGCAUCACAUUCGCGCCCAGGAGCUUGACCAAGAGAAAUACUACUGAGCUCUUUUUGACAAGACUGUUUUCUUUAUUCGCGUGCCUUACAAUUAAAUUAUCUUAUAUACCGACGGAGAGAUCUUUCUAAAGGAAUUAUGAGGUCUGAAUUUGCGGAACAAUUCUAACAGUGAUACCUAGUAUAAUAAAGGGGGCGUGUUUUAUUUUCGACAGCAAUAACAACUAAACAUAGCUGUUUGAUAUGCGGCAAAGAGGUUUUUUUAUUUUUCUUUUUUUUAUAUCAAGGUGAUGGAAAUUACGAUUUCCUUUUCGUUGACUUUUUUUUAGAGAGAGCAAUAUUAAUUUUAGAAACAAAAGCCAAAAGUCGGUAAUCUCUCGUUUCCGAUGCGUCGUGGCAUUGUUUCCGAAUUUUUUUCGUCGCCAAGAAAAAAUAUUUACGAUUUGUUUCGCGCUAGUUGAAAGUUUUAGGUAUGUUGUUAUUUUCGUGUAAAUAAAAAAACCAAGAAUUAAGUAUGCGUGAAGAAGAGUGAGAGCUUUUGAGAGUUAAGUGUAUCCCCUAACAACUGCGACUGGGCAUUUCAUCAUUGCAUUUGUAUAAAAUAUCGCCGGCGUUUUAUUCUGUUACUACUUAAGACAAUUACGUAUUUCGACAAUUAAUUUUAUGUUCAUUAAACUCGUGGGCGUGGAAGUGUGUCUAGAGAGGAUGAUUUAGAUUUUAGAGUAGAAGUCUUACAUAUCGUGUAAAUAGAAAGUGUCUAUAAAAAAUCUUUUUAUACAAAAUACAUUUAAGCGAGUUAUACGUAUUGAAAAAAAAAUGUUUAUUUUUUUUAAUCGAAUCACAAGCGAGAAUAGUGCCAUGAGACACACUGACAGUAUAACAAAUUGGAGGUGCGACUUUAAUACGAAAUAAUCAUUGCUAUAAUGUACGUUAGUACUCCGUGCGGGGCAAGAGAGCGAUAUCAACGCGUGAAUUUCUUGUUGUUCAUAAACGCGGUCGCAUUUUAUUAUUUUAUUUAUUGCAAAGGAAAAGGAAUACAUGUUAUGAAUUUAUUGGCUCACAUUGAGCCGAGGCCAAUAGCGUCUCUCUCUCUCCCCUCGUUGGGUACGCGUGCAAAAGUGCAGCGACGGUUCUUCUUUAUCUUCUUGCGAUAGUGAAGCUUAUACGAAGCUAUAAAACGUUGCUGCCGCAUGAUGCGACUCCUUUGCAUGGUAUCAUAUCGUGCACGAUAAGUGUCGAGAUAUUUGUCUCUGUAAAAAUCGUCGACAUUAUUUUAUAUGCUGAUAUAUAUAAUUUUAUCUCAUUUUAUCGUAUCAUUUAUCGAAAUAAAGAGAGCUGUUUGUAAUAAA